GUUGGUAUACGUUAUCCUGUUUUGCGGAUCACAUGACACGAAAUUAUACAGCGGCAAUAAAUGGCGCAAAAAAUAAGAAUAAUAAUUUUGAAAACAAACUAAAAUUUGUCGUGUACAAGAGUUUUACAAGAUCAUGACCAAACGAGACCAGCUUCUGCAAGUUGUUGAUGGUGACCAAUCCAAAGAGUUUGUUAACUUUAUUUCUAAGUGUCAGGAUGAGGGGUCAUGUUGCCUGCAGGAGACACUCUCCUCAUGUAGCAGGAAGCAGCUGGAUCAUGUCUGGGAGCGAUUACAUGCCUGGCUGACAGAACUGAGUGACAAACAGGAUGAGCUGAAUAAUGACUGCAAUGAUGGAGAUGAGAUGGACAUUGAGUCUGCCUACCCCAGACUGCCCGAGAUGCUUCAAUGUGUAGCCUCUAUGAUAGCUGCCUGUAUCGCACCUAAGGAAGACGUAUAUGUGCCACAGCAGAUGGUGUCUGCUGCAAUUGCCGUGCAAGAACUGUUGCCACGGUUACCAUCCACUACUGACCGGGUCUGGAACAGCAUUGCUGGGUCGUUUGAGACAUGGUGGAAGAAGCAGCUGCCCAGCCGGGACAGGGUCAUCAUGCAGAGUUACGUGUACAUCAUACAGAGGACCCUGGAGCUUAAACCACGCCCACUUUUGAUGGACCUGCGCCGAGUAUGGUCGCUUCACGAAGCCCUGCAGCUCAUUGACUUCAGCAAGGAGGAGAGUGCAGACUUCUUGACAAUGCUGCUGAGAUGUUACAUCUCCUCACUCUAUAUGCUGCAUGAUGAGGGAAUCAAGUUUCUAUCACUUGUGAUGACACUGGAUGAGAAUGUUACUGUCCAGGUCCAUAAUACUGUGAAGAACAACAUCCUUGCAGCUCCAAAUUCAUGGCACGUGAAGUACGGGGAGAUAUAUUUCCGGGCAUGGCAGGGCCUCUCUGGUGACAGACGUGAGAGGUUUGAGCGAGCCUGCAUACAGAAGUACAUGGACCAUGCCGUGCACGCUCAGCCAGAACUGUUCCCAACUCUCAAGAGGCUUCUGAGUUAUAUCCACGGGCAGAAGAAACAGAGAGGGGUAGAAGACAUGCUGUGUAAUCUGUAUGCACCAAUCAUGUGGAGAUCCCUUCAUGUAGCCAACAGCCAGGUGCGAGCCAACACAGCGACCCUAUUCUUUGACAUGUUCCCACUGCAGGGUACCGAGAUGACAGUCCAGGAGGCAGACGCAGAACUGCAAAAACAGUUUGAUCUGCUAUCGGUGCUGCUUGAUGACCCUAUGCCAAAAGUCCGUGUGGUCUCCGUUGUCGGAGUGUUCCGUGUGAUGCGCGACUUCUGGGAGAUGAUACCCAGCGACAGCCUGCGCAGCCUCACUUUGAAGCUUAUACAAGACCUUCUUAACGAUUCCAGCUCAGCUGAUGUCAGGGAAAGUGUCAUCAAGGGCUUGAACCUGUUACUGGACAAUCCCCUGUGUCAUCCAUUUCUGAAACCGCUAUUGCCAGAAAUACGCAACCAUUUCCAUGAUAUGUCAGAACUUGUUCGGAUUGAGAUGCUCAACUUGCUGCUCAAAGUGAAAACUCUACGUACUAUCAAGUUCUGGACAAUUGUCCCUAUAGACCAUCUUCUGGCCAGACUGGUUGUGGACUCUGAACCAGUGAAUAAAAGAAUUGUCAAACUUAUCUUCAACAACUUUGUACCACAAGAUGCGACUGCUGCAGUAAAGCUGAGUCGCUGUCUGGCGCUGAUGGAGUUGAAUCCUGCAGCUGCCCGCCAGUUCUUCAGACUAGCAUCACAACAUAUGGCAACUGAGGACAUUGUGGAGUACAUCAACAUCCUUUGCAAAACAAUUCUGCAGGCUAUCAAGAAUGUGGGAGGGCAAACAGAAAGUGAACAGUCGGGUGAUCAAGUCAAUCAGACAGAUCCUGAUGAUGAGAACAACCUUGAACUCUCUGGGUCUAUCAACAAUACUACUACAAAUGUUGCUGGUGAUGAUGCUGAUGAUGAUGAUGCCAUUAGACUGAGCAAUGUGCCAGUCAUGCUUGGCCUGUGUGAAGUCAUCUGUGUCUUGUGGACCUUUAAUGAGGAGCAACUUAACAAGGCAUCGAAUGCAGAUUUGAAGAAAGUCCUGAUGAAGAGAUUCACCUAUGCUUUGCCAGAAAUGUUCAAGGCAUUUUCAGACAGCAGAAUCAUUGCAGUGCUGUUACAGAUAGCAGGAUAUUUGCCUCCGAAAUGGAUCCCAACUGUCAGUCGUUCAUGGUUGCCAAAGCUACGCAAGAUGACCUCUGCCAAUACUGUGUCAGACUAUGGGCCCCUGGUAGAGUGUUUGUGUAAGACCGGUCAGGUGGAGAGUGUUCUGGAGUUGGUGACAGAAUGGAUACAGCCGGCCCUCGAUGUGACGCCCCUACAAAAGACUGGGCGUGGCAGGCCGGACUCUGGGCGUGUAAAGUUUGUGGAAACCCAUGUGCCAGAGCCCGGUCUGGGCCUGGCCCUGCUCUCCCACAUGCUGACCCAGACCCUCACCCAGGGGAUACUUUUGCAGCAUGUGACACGCAACCUCGCUAUCAGGGACCUGCUGGCUAACUCAGUGGUGAAAUUGACUGAGAUGUUGGAAGGCAAAGCAGAUGAGAAAUCUGACAGCAACAUUAUCUUGGAAGCAUUCAACAUUUACUGCAAGCUGCUAUUACUUCUACAUGCACAGGACAAGCGUACGCUGAGUUGCCUGUCAGAGUAUGGCAAGCUGCUGUCCUGGGCAGACAAGCAUGUGGUGCCUGUACUGGGCCUAAAACAGGAGGAUGAGCAGAGCAAGCAGGCACAGCUAGCACACAACAUUGUACAGAAUGUGCUGACGAUAGUGAGCAAUAUGUUCCUGAUUGGGGUCGGAGCAGAGCUGGGUUUGACUGUAAUUGAUUUCUGCACUCUCUGUCUCGCUAAUGAUCCAGAUCUGGGCCUGCUGUCGGUGGUGCUGCUGAGCCUUUACCAGGUGGUGGAGCUCUCCAGGUACCAGGGUGAUGCUAUGUGGAUCACACCUCAGACCUUGUCAAGCGCCCUGGCAAGGGUCUUCCUGAAUAUUGCUGGAUACGUGAAGCAUCAUCCGAAAGAUAGCAUGAAGGUGCUAUCAAGUGUCAAGGAGCACAUGAGUGAACUUCUCAAGACAGUUUACUCUAGAGUCUCAUUGGAUGAGACGGUUGCGCAUGAAGUGAUGUCCACCAUCCUGGCCGCUGUGUUUGCGGAAAUGGACCACUCCAGUAAACAGAAUGACCUGGAGGAGGAGGCCACUCUCGCCACUCUGCCCCCGAUAUCAGCCUGGCUCCUGGACAUCCUGGCCAGGAAACUGCACCUCUUACAGGAAUUCACACAAGAGUUGAAAGCAAUUUGUGACACGGGAAUAGUAACAGACAUGUACAAAACUGAUGCCAUUCUUCAUCUAGUUUUGGCUGUAGCGCAUGAAAGAAAGAUUGAUUCAGCUGGCCUGAGGGGAAUCUUAGAUCAUAUAGACAGGCAGAUGCCCAGACUGCUGGCUGAAAUGUCGGAGGAAGAGACGGAGGAUAUUAAAUCGCUUAUUGGGGUAGUGAAGGAAAAGCUGAAGAAAUGUGAAAGUGCUCUGGGACUGGCUUCUUCAUAAAUGUCCAGUCUGAUGAAAUAUUGUGUAGUCAGUUUAGCAGCAUUCUGGAAAAACUUAGCUUAAGGCAUAUGCAUUGAGUGUCCUCCCAGAUUGGCAUGUGCAGUCCUUGCAGACUUAACAGGGUUGAAAAUUAGUUUUUAGUGAGCCUGUGGCAACUGCAAAGGGUAAACUGGGGCACAUUUGUUUCGCAUUAAGACUAGUUUUGCCAGAAUGCGACUCUUAAAACAAUAAGUACUGCCGGACAAAAUUAUUCUGUAUUUGUUAAUUGUCAUUUGAUCUGUUAUUUUUGAUGUGUGAAUUACCAAAAAAAACAAACAAUGAUAGACAGUGCAUUACUACAACUUAAUUUCAUAGUUGUAGUAAUGCACUGUCUAUCAUUGUUUUUUUUUACCUACAGGUAAAAGGUAAUGUUCCAGUUACUAAAAAUAGAACAAGACUUUAAACUAUAUUAAAUUAAAGGGUCCAUCCUGCGGCAAAAUUGUUCAUGCAUUUUUUGAAAAAUAAUUAAUAUACUUGGAUAAAUUCAUCCUUAUAAAGGGCAAUGUCAAACUUAUGCACGCACCUUUUUAGCUCAACUGAACGCAAUGUGCUCAUGGUUAGCUUUUGUGUUUGCCUUUUAUACAUUUGCGUUGUCAAUAUUUACCUAUUGAACACUCUAGAGACCACAUUUAUUGUCAAAACUUUAUGAAACUUGGUCAGAACAUUUGUCCCAAUGAUAUCUUGGAAGAGUCUGAAACUGAGGUCAAAAACUUAAUCAUAAGGUCAAAUUCAAGAAAAAGCUUCUUUACACUCUAGAAGACUCAUUUAUUGUCGAAUCUUCACAAAACUUGGUCAGAACAUUUGUUCUUAUGGUGUCUCGGUUGACUUCGAACAUGUUUCCUGUUCAAUGGCAGUUUUGCUUCUUUGUCUCUAGUGAAACCUUGUUUUAAAACAGUCUUUAAGUCACAUUUUUUGGCAAAUCUUCAUGAAACGUGGUCAGAACAUUUGUUCUAAUUAUAGCCAGAUGGAGUUCGCAAACGGUUGUUGUUCGUCCAAAAACAGUCGCGGGGGGGGGGGGGGGGGGGGGGGGAUUUUUCUAAUAUGGCUAUUGUGAAACCUUGUUAACGCUCUAUUGGUCACAUUUAUUGUCCAAUCUUCAUAAAACUUGGUCAGACCAUUUGUUUCAAUACAAAAUCAGCUGUUUUUGAAAUUUGGUCAUAUUAGGCCAAAAACUAGGUCAAAUAUUUAAAAAGCGUGGUAACAUUUUAGAAGUCAAUUCUUCUUGAAAAUUGGUCAAAACAUUUCUUCAAAUGAAAUCUCAGCAGAGUUUGAAAAUGACAAUGUGCCUAGAAAUUUAUUGUUUAAGUUUCGUAAUUAUUCUUAGCUCCACCUUUUCAAAAUAGUUUAGUUUCUUUUGGUCUCAGGUGAGCGCCAUAUGACCCAUGGCCCUCCCUUUUCAACAAGGUUAAAGGUCAGUUUGCUGUUUCUAAAAAUAUAACAAGACUAUCAAUUGUAAAAACUCAAAAAUGUACAUACAUAAGAUAUAAUCAUGAAACUGGGUAUACACAUUAACAAUAAUGUGAUGGUAAUAUGCACUGCCUUUUUUCUAAAGUGUGGUGAAUGUUGAAAACUAAUCGUGAUAUUGCUGUGCUGAAUGGAAUUUGGAUUUCCUUACAAAACGAUAAAAUGUGCAGAAAAUGUGCAAUGUGAAGGUACCAUACAUGUGUAUUUUUGUAUAUUUUCGCCCGACAAUAGGGGACUCCUGUAUUGCAUGCGAUACUGUCAAAGCCUUGUUAUUUAUGUAUGUGGUUUAUUGAAUAAAAAACAAAAUAUUUACACAA